UUGACUUCCUUUUUGUAACACGAUCUGUUUAAUGGUUGCGUCUUGGCACGUCAGUAGCAGUAAAUUGAUAAAUACAUAUUAAACAAAAUUCGCUUUUACCAUGGCGGCUCAAAAUACUUUUAAAUACAACUCGACGUAAACAAGGCAUCAGCUUAUGGGUUGAAGUGAACACAAAGAAUUAGAGUCUAAAAAUAAACGCUACGGUUAUGUAGCCAUCGGAAAAAAGAUCAAUAAAUAGUUCGAUGCAAUUCCUGAUACUUAUCUUCGAUGCUAUACUUUUAAUAUUCAUUGAGUCUGAAUAACAUUCACUAAAAAUGACAUACGUGUUUUCAUCAUUGGUUUUCCUGUUGUGGCUCAUAAAUUCACAUACUAUAUCAGCCGAAAAAGAAAUACUUUAUGAAGGACGGUCCCUUUCUGAAUGGAGGGAGAGUGCCGGCAGCAAGGAUGCUGAGAAGUGGACUUACUACAAAAUUAAAGGGAUCCAGCAGUUGCUCACAAAAAUUUCAAAAAGCGGUAAAAGUUGGUUCAUAAGCAAAGUAUUGGAUUUGCCAAUAGCAUCAUAUCUUAAGAUUGAAGCUAAGCCAACGAACUGUGCUGGUGAUCCUUCGUGUUAUUUAGACGUUUAUGGAUCAACGCAAAGAAUUGAAGAAAAACAUCAUACUGCGAACUAUCCAGAUUUCAUAAAAGUUUUUAAUCGUACAGACCGACAAAAAUACAAGAGUGAGACAAAAGUGAAUCGGACGUUCACAAUAAAUGGAGCUUUUAAGCAUCUUGCAAUUUUUGCUUCAACAGAGAAAAACAAUACGUCAUGGAAUAUUUUUUCCCUAGAGAUGUAUCAUUUUUAUUGUAAGAAGAACGAAACUCUAAACUUAGAAAGAACAAACUCCAAUGUAUCAGAUGUACAUUUCCCUGUCAAAUGUCGCCAGAAUGCUGUGUUAAACAGUGACGGCAAAUCUCAGUCAAAAACUGUCUCCUGUAGACCCAAUGGAACCUGGGACUUAAGUGAAACUUGUCAAUGUGACAAAGGAUUUGGUCUACAGCAAAACAUGAAGUGCAUGCGCUGUGACAUAGAUAAAUACAAAAGAACAAUAGAAGAUAUUGAUUGCAAGAGUUGCCCUGAAGGAAAGACAAAUAAUAAAAUGCACACUGAUUGUGAAUGUAAAGCUGACCAUUAUGUUGGUGAAACAGAAAACGGAAAGUGCUAUAGUCUUCCACCUAAAAUUAGUAAUUUAAAUAUGGAAAAAAUUGACACGUCCAUUUUAUUAUCAUGGUCUACACCCAAGACAAAUGAGGACCUUACAAUAACUUAUAAAGUUGAGUGGUUCGUUGGUGCUAACUUUUCAAAGCUAUGCGGUAAUAAAACGAUAAAUACAACCAAAUUCAGUUUACCAAAUCUUUGUUCCCAAGCAAAGUUUAAGAUUAUCGUGUAUACUUUGGGUAAUUUAACGAAUGUCAACUCAUCAAAAUGGAAUUUUGUGGAAAUGGAAUGGAGCCCCGUGAGCAAUGAAACCGGUAUUAAAGAUAAUGUGAAAGUUAACCAACGUAGGGGAUUCUUCAUUUACAUUGGAGUUGGUAUUACAUCAUUCGUUGUUUUGUUAACCAUUAUCAUCGUGUUGGUAAUAAGAUUGCGAAAAGGGAAAAACAAGCCUGAUGGAACGAAUAACAUAGGUUUUGAAAGCAUAUCUUUACCAGCACUUGGCCAAAAAGUGUAUAUAGAUCCAGCAAACUAUGAAAAUCCUGAAGCAGCAUUAAAAGAGUUUGUCAACGAAAUUUGUUACAAAUCAUUAUUGCUGGAACGAGUACUUGGUGGAGGCGAAUUUGGAGACGUUUACAAGGGAACGUUAAAAACGGACGAUAGAGGAGCACUUGAUGUUGCAGCAAAAACUUUAAAGCACGACGCCGACCAGAGAAGCAAGAAUGAUUUCUUUAUGGAAGCAUCGGCAAUGGGUCAGUUUGAUGAUCUAAAUGUCAUCCAUUUAGAAGGAGUCAUCACAAAAACUGUUCCACACAUGAUAAUCACUGAAUAUAUGUCCAACGGCUCUUUGGACAACUUUCUAAAGCAAAAUGAUGGUAGCCUGACCGAAUUGCAGCUUCUUGGUAUGGCAAGAGGUGUUGCUUCAGGAAUGAAAUAUUUGGCAUCAAUACAUUUUGUUCAUAGGGAUAUAGCAGCGAGAAAUAUAUUGGUAAACGAAGCGAUGUUGUGCAAGGUUGCAGAUUUUGGUCUUUCACGAGUCUUAGAAACAGCCGACUCCUCACGGGGGGAGUAUCAAACAACGGGAGGAAAAAUUCCUGUCCGCUGGACAGCACCUGAAGCUAUCAAGUAUCGUAAAUUUUCAACUGCAAGCGAUGUUUGGAGUUAUGGUAUUUUGUUGUGGGAGAUCAUGUCGUUUGCUGAAAGGCCUUAUUGGGAUUGGGAUAAUUUUAAGGUAUUAGAACGUGUCGACGAAGGAUAUCGUUUACCUGCACCAAAGAGCUGUCCAAAAGCAGUUCAUGAACUCAUGCAUAUGUGUUGGGAAGCAGAUCGAAGUCAGAGACCUGAGUUUGCUAGUAUUGUGAAAAUCAUCGAUGAGUGGAUUAGAUCACCUGAAACUCUGAAAUACGUGUCGUUAAGUAGAAAACGACCAGUAUCGAUGUCGGGGAUUAGCGAUCCAGCGAUGUUGGUAAAAGACUGGCUCAAUGAAAUCAGAAUGAGCUCAUACAUCCCACAUUUUAAGCAGGCUGGUUUUGUGCAACUCUCUGAGCUAGGAGGAUUACUAGACGGUGAUCUGCAGGUCAUAGGAGUUAACUUGAUCGGACAUCGCAAUAAAAUGCUACGCACAAUUCGUAACCUGCCUGUCUCAGAAGGGUCUAAAAAUCCUACAUUUAAACGGUCAGAAUCUCUGAAAGUAUAAUCACUAGUAGAAUAGCAACAGACCUAACGUAUUUCAAAACUUCAGGCACUGGGAAAAUAUGAAUGAUGUGUGAAGUCAGUAUAGGUAUAGUGGAAACAAUUUUUGAAAACUCUCAAACAAUCACUAACUGUGCAAGUGGACAAAUAAACUUAACGUUUAAGAUAGGAAUAGACAAUUAAUUGCUGCUAGCUAAGAAAUUUAAAAAACCUGCUUUGUCUAAUUUGAUGCUGUAUAAUUUUGGAACGAUAAUUGCCUUAACUCUCAUGUAGCCUUCUUUAAAUUUCGCCACUUUUAUCGAGAUUUUAAUGAGCGACAACUGAAGAAAGCUUUUCUAUGUCGUCAAAUUUCAAAUAUUUUUCACAUAUUUUAGUUCAUCUUCUAUAAGGAAGUGAUGUAUUGACUAAGCCCUUUUCUAAGUUUGUUUGUCUUGCAUAUCCUGCCAGCAUUGUCUGCUAUAUCAGCUUUUAAUAGUUUGCGUUAUUUUGAUUUGUGAAUAGCAGUAAAUUAAACUAUCAAUAUUAACAUAUGAGUGACGGACCAAACGAAAUAUGUUCACUUCCCCAGAUUAAAUUUUGUAGCUUUAGAAAAUGAUGAGCAUUGUUAAAAAAAUCAAAAUUAUAUAUCUUGGACAGUAGGACUUAAUCUUUCACAAAGGAGAUUUAUAAACAUCAGAUUAAUUUUUUUCACAAAGCAAUAAAGCACAAAACGUCUUUAAAA